GGGACGGCGGGGAGCGGGAGGCGGGGCCGUGCGGUUCGGGCGGGAGAUUCGGGCUUUGGGAUCGGCACUGGAGGGAUCUGAGGGGAAUCUGUGUCCUAGCAGGACACUGACUCUAGAGAAUCCCGAAUGGCUCCAGUCAAAAUCAGCUACGUGGUGUCCUUCUCCUCACAGGACCCCAAGUACCCGGCGGAGAACCUGCUGAGUGAGGGCAGUGUCCAGCCCUGGCUCGGCUGCCCCCAGGACCGCAGCACGCGGCUGAGCGUGGAGCUGCAGCUGGAAAGAGCCAGUCCCAUCGGCUACGUGGACAUCGGGAACUACGGCUGCGCCUUCCUGCAGAUCGAGGUGGGACGUUCCUCGUGGCCACGUGACCAGCCCUACCUCACCUUGGUGCCCACCGUCACGCUGAUGACGCCGGACGACUCAAAGCUGGGCCGGAAUCGCUGCGGGGUCCGGAUGUUUAAGGAAGCAGACUUCCCGGUGCCGGCGGUAGGGCAGCACUGGGACCGCCUGCGGCUCACCUGCAGCCAGCCCUUCAGCCCACGCAGCCGCUUCGGGCUCUCCUUCAUUCGCCUGCGCACGCCCCAGGAGCAGGAGCCUGAGCCCCCCCGGCCACCCCUGGGCCUGGAGGAUGCUGAGCCCUCAGACAGCCCCUGCUGCUCCAGCCCUGACUUCCACCAGACGUUUUUUCCCAAAACACACUCGAGAUCCAGUGCAGAGGAGCAGCUGAGGAGCCGCCUGUGGCAGCUGGAAGGGGGUGCUGGGAGCCCGGCCUGCCUCAGCCGCCCGGCCCGCAUGGUGCUGUUGGCAGCACGGAGUCGGGCACUGAGGCCGGGGGGUGACCCAGAGCUGCCAGCCAAGGACCUGGGAGGUCCCGUGGUGCCAGAGGGCUCUGCACAGGACAUCCCUGCAGCCUCCCCAAGCACCUGCAAGCAGCCAGACAGGUGCCGUUCUCCCAGCCCUGCUGGCAGGGCUCCAGCUGCUGCCUCAAGGCCACCCAUGGUCAGAGGAAGAGCCCAAACCCACGGCCACCGAGAGAGACGGGCCAGGAGGAGGGGCAGGGGACAGGCCAGCGGUGACAGGGAGACAGGCAUCUGCCCCAUCUGCUCAGGCCGCUUCCUCCUGGAUGUGCUCCCCACGCACGCCUCCCACUGCGGGGAAGAGCCCACUGCAGCCUGGCCCUCCUUGUCCCCUGACACCUGGGUGUCCUGCCCCAUUUGCCAGCUGCCUUUCAGCAUGGCAGAGGUGGAGCAGCAUGCCAGCACCUGCGGUGAGACGCUGUCCUCAUCCCACCACCUGCAGUAGGACAGCAGAGCCGGGGACAAACCCUGUGUCACCACCCCCCGGGGGCUGAAGCCACAGUGCUGGACCCAGCUGUGGUGCAAGGAGCGAGGGGCAGAGACACAGCAGCCCCAGGACGUUUGUGGCAAGACUGGUGGGGUGGAUGGAGAAGGUGUUUCCAGCCCCUUGGCUGGGUAUGGGGCGGGGGCUUAAGGGGCCUGAAACACUGUAAUGGCAGGAGUUGCUGCUGGAGAAGAAUAAAUUAAAGGAGAGAACGAGGGAUGAGAGAGAGAAAUGCUCUGUGACUGCCCAGUGCCACAGCAGGUUCCCUGGUCGAGCAUUCUGCCUUGGGGCACGCUGUGCAGCUGGUGGGGACAGUGAGGGGACAAGGAGGAGGUCACACUUUUCCUCCCCUCAAGCCCCCACUUGGAGUUCCAGCACAUGUGGCCCACAGGAGGAGGAAGCCAGUACCCCUAAAGCAGGAGAAAAAUACAAUUUAUU